AGAACAAUGAAAGACACAGUCGUCAAAGGAUCUCUCAAGUUGAAAAAAGUAUCGACAGAAGCGCCAAAGAAGACUAAAAAGAGUAAGCCAGCUAUGGACUUGAAGCAAGUUGACAUGACGAUCAGAAGAGAUUCCAGAAACACUUCCGGCGGUGGGCCACACAAAACCGAGGCUGAGCUUCGGUUCGAGGCUAGAAGACAGGCGAACAUGGCGGAAAGAAUGCUGAAACAGGCGGCGUUGAGUCAUCGUGAAAAGGUGGAGAAGUUGAACAAGCAGCUCGGCGAGAUGACAGAAUUCAACGACAUUCCAAAAGUUUCCUGGACGAAAUAAUAAUAAUAAUCUCUCUCUCUCUCUCUCUCUCUCUCUCUCUCUGUACUUUACUUGAAUCAUUUGUGCAUAACUGUCAAUAAAUCUUUUUUGGUUUUUUUGCUCCAAAAUGUAUAUUUUCCUUGAUUAAUUCGUGAAUUUUCGUAGCUUGAAAAUCCUGUACUUCUAAUAAAAUGCCAUGGCCACG